CCGCCCGCCGCGCUCUCCUUCCCCUCCGGCGGCCGAGCGAGGCGGCGCGAUGUGGUGGCCGAAGGGCUCCAGCUGGGCCGGGCGGGGCCUGCGCGCGGGGCUGGCGGUGGCGGGCCUGGCGCUGCUGGUGCAGGCGCUGCGCGGCUGGGCCGCCUCCGACCGCCGCUUCGAGUUCGACCCGGACGAGAUCGCGCGGCUGGGCAAGCACCACGCCGGCCUGGACCAUGAACUCGCCUUCUCCAAGAUCAUUGUGGAGUUGCGCAAGAAGCACCCGGGGCACAUACUGCCAGAUGAGGACCUGCAGUGGGUGUUUGUCAACGCCGGUGGCUGGAUGGGCUCUAUGUGCCUGCUGCACGCCUCCCUCUCUGAGUAUGUGCUGCUCUUUGGCACGGCUGUUGACACGGGGGGUCAUUCAGGCCGCUACUGGGCUGAUAUUCACGACACUGUCAUCUCGGGCACUUUUCGGCAAUGGAAGGAAGGAACGACCAAAAGCGAAAUCUACUACCCAGGAGACACCAUCGUCCACCGCUCCGGAGAGGCCACAUCUGUGCAGUGGAGCGCUGGCACGUGGAUGGUGGAGUACGGCCGGGGAUUCAUCCCCUCCACACUCGGCUUUGCCCUCGCCGACACAGUCUUCAGUACUCAGGAUUUCCUUACGCUCUUCUACACUGUACGCGUUUAUGUCAAGGGGCUGCUCCUGGAGGCCAGCACCUACUUCAGCAGUGGGGGCCACUGAGCACUUUCCCUUCCCCACCACCUCUUUUGGAACGGAAGGAGCUUCUCUCUCCCUGGGUCCCGUUGGCUGCAUUGUGUCCCGGGAAGCCUGGUGCAGCUCACAUGCCCUCACUCACCCAAAUAAGGCUGGGAGGCCCACAGACCAAAGGAGGCAGCGGUAUCUAUUCCCAGAUUACUGUCUCCGUAACGGAACGUUUCUCGCAUAUUUCUUUAAAUAGGCAUCCGCUGUCCUUACCUGCGUUUUGCAAGGGACUGACAGGAUGUUCCCUUAGAUGUGGAGCCAGGCUGUGUUAGAGAGAGACCCCAUACCGUGAUGCAUUUCCACACACUGAGCCCUCCAGAGCUGCCCAAGAGGCAAGCCGGCAAGCUCUGCGACUGUGAUCUCUCUUUUCUGUGUGUUGCGUUUCAUUCCCACAGGAACGGAAUGGGAGGUUAUGCAGCAGCAGAACACAGAGGUCUGUUUGCACGACUGUGUAACGCAGACCGUUCCCGCUAAACUAGCUUUGUUCAAAUGUUGAGACUGGAACAGCGCAGCCACGGGGAAAGAGCAGCACGAUGGCCAAAAGUGCCGUGGGAGAAGCGGGGAGGGAUAGGCCUGACCUCUCGCUUGUGUGGCUUGUGUCAGACCUGCUUACAUAGUUCCCAGGGAGGGACUGUUUUGCAUUCUGCUUCCUGUGUAGGUAGCCAGCAAGCCUCCCCCUCCUAUGGAAAUAGACCCCCCGUGGCCUGCAAGUUCUGCUCUCCUUGGCCCUGGUUGGUCAACUUGGAACGUGUUGCUGUGGCGAAGCUCUCUGGAUCAGUCCCAGCUGUGGGACAGCUAGCCUUUGGGGUCUGAGUUUGUCCCGUGGUUUUCCCUGUAUGUCUUAACGUGCACUAGGGACAAUCAGCCUCUCCCAAGCCUGACGAGGAGGUGAGGGGAUUUAGCAGGGCCAAAGAUGGGGAGGAAAUCUCCCUCCAGCCCUUCAUCAAGGUGGGUUGCACGUUCUCCAAGGACCUCAUCCGUCCGAGGGCCACCAUCCAUCGCCUUAACCUAGAGCCUUAUUCCGGUGGCCUCUUCAGCUAUGCACGCAUGGAUAUACGUAUAUACCUCCUGGUGUCGAUACCUUUAACGGAGGGGGGCCAUUGCUCCCAGGGGAAGGACAAUGGCUGCCCACCUUGCUUGGACCCCCUCCCCCUUUCUUCUUCCGCAGAUGCCAGCGAUCUCUGCCUCCUCCCCCAGCCUCUUGCUCUCUGCACCUGAUGUCUGCGUUGUCCGAUAGCUUGCUUACUAUGCAGGAGAAACCCUCCGUCCUGCCUCCCUCCCCAGUCGGAAGCCUCUUUGGUAGUUGGGGCAGUCCAAAAUACAAGAGGGUGCAGAAGUUCUCUCUCUGCCAGACUCAGCUUCUGCAAGCCUCUGAACCUUUUUUUUCCCCUCCAAAAAUAAUUCCCAGGGUAGGUCAAGCAGUCCUAGCAUGGCCUUUCCGAUCUCCCUGUUGUUUGGACUUCUUUUUUCUUAAAUGUUGUUGAAAGCAGGCAGGAUGUUGGUCUUCCCCUCAGACCCUCCUGCCUGAUCGUUCACAGUGGUUCUUGCACUUUCUGAUGACUGGCUACGCUUCCUGAAACUGCUCUUGAUUUGCAUUCAGGGAAAUAGCAGUGGGAUUUCAGCAGUUCUUGAUGUUCAGUUGGGAAACAGAAAGGAGUUGGGCUGGGGGGCAGGCAUCCUCGGUGGCAGCUGGCUGCACGCACAUGCCUUCUCUCCCCCCUCUUAGUAUGGGCACAGGGCGCGAGGUUGCCCUUCCUAGGCCAUGCUGACUGGCAAACGACCAACUCCGCUCCUUCAGGGAAGAGCCAUGUAGGUAGAGCUCUUAGCGGGAUCUCCUAGGUGCUGUACUGUGAUGUACCAUCUCUAUAGUCUGUCUAAUACCCCCGCAGCAAAGGGACAGUUUCCCCAGUCGUUGCUGCUGACUGGCAUUCUUGGAACCCAGAAGGACAGAGCUUUCUGUUUCUUUUGGGGCUGAGCUUUCUUUGUUUGGAUCAGAAACCAGUGUUGGAUUUCAGAGAGCUGCCUUUUUUUGCAAGCCACCUAUGUUUCAGCUUCUGCUGUCCCAGGGGGGCUGGCGUUAGCCGCUCGCUGAAGGUGGCUUGGAAUUUGCCACCUCCUUGGCGCAGUAGCCUCGGAACCAUCUGCCAAAUGUCUAGCAUGUACCCAGUUUCUGUCUCUCAGAUGCAAUAAUUGUGGCUCCUUUACGCCUCUGAUUUCGGCCCGUUUGCCACCUCAUCUGUGAAAAGAGAUCAGUGUUAUUCUUUGACAAAAGAAGAAAUAUAAUGGACCAGGAAUAAACCUGCCAUGGUG